AUGGAUAGACGAAGCAGCGUGCUGAAAAUUCUCUUGCAGAUGUAUUACAUUUUCUCCCUCCUGGUGAGCCUGACAUUCUUGAGCGGGCAGGUGGAGUGGAAGUCCGGAUUGGCGGCUCUUACCCCGCGGUACAUCUCGGAAACCGCAUAUACCGAUCUUUCAAUCGCGAACGUGGUUCUCUCCAUCUUGUGGAUCAUAUCUGAUUCCCUGCUCAUCCUUGGAAUUCUUACGAGGAAGAGGAUGCUGAUGAUUCCGUGCCUGGCGCUGUCUUUCCUGUGGCUGACAGUGGGGACGAUAGCUGCGAUAGCAUUUUUCGCCAUUGGACUUGCCCCUGUCGCAGAUGACGUUGUGUUCCUCACCGUUCUGGCCACCGUUUUCGUCUUUGUCUAUUGCAUUGGAGUCUACUUAUUCCUGGUCGUCUACUCAUGUUUCAAGGAACUCGAGAGUCUGGUGCCACCUGGAGAGACCCAAGCCAUCCAACCGAUUUCCGAGAACGUCUCGCUAGGAUACGCCCAGAUUCCCACCACGAAGGACGCUUAGUGAUCUCUGAUGUCGAUGUGCUUUUUUUGUGUUCUUUCCGUUGCCAGG